UCCCAACCGGACCUCUUUCGGCAACGCUCGCGGAGGGCGCAAUGGCGGCGCUGUUGCCGGUGCUGCCGCGGGGCCUCUAUUGCCAGCGCUGCCGUGGCCUCUUAUCAUCUGCCGCCUUCCCGCGCCGCUCCGUCGUGCUUUUGGCGGCUCCUUCUCCUCAGGCCAAGCCUCCGACGGGCCUUCCUUCGCUGAGGCUGGUGGCGCCGCCGCCUCCGCUCGCCCCUCCUUCCUCGCGGCCUUUCAGCAGCGACUCCGGGCGGCAGCGGCGGAGAAAGAGGGCCGUGGUGGUGGUGGGGGUGCCCAACCCGCUCAUGUGGCUCCGCACACGACUCUACUUCUUCCUCAUCCGCGCCUACUUCGACCAGGAGUUCAGCAUCCGCGAGUUCACGGAGGGCGCCAAGCAGGCCUUUGCUCAUGUUUCAAGACUAAUUGCUCAAUGUAAAUAUGACCUUCUGGAGGAGCUUGUCUCAAAAGAGAUGGUACAGAUACUGAAGGAAAAGCUUUCUUCACUGUCUGAAAAUCACAGAAGUGCCCUUGCUGCUGAUGUGGAUGAAAUUAUGUACACAACCGCUGGAGAUGUUGGCAUUUACUACGAUGAUAGUGGAAGAAAGUUUGUCAGCAUCCUGAUGCGCUUCUGGUACCUAACUAGUGCUGACCUCCCUGACGAGACUCCUGAUGGAACUAAGGUAUUUCAAGUUGUCUUUGGAGAUGAAACAUCAAAGGAAACAAAGCGUCUUUUAACAGCAAAUUAUGAAUUCCGAAGAGAAUUUACACAAGGUGUGAAACCCGACUGGACUAUUACCCGAAUUGAACAUCCAAAGCUAUUAGAAUAAGUUCACUGGACACAGACUUACCCAGAAAACUAUCAGCAAACUGGCAUAUCAACAGACAUCUCAGCAAGUGUGUUCCACAGUUUCUUGUGGAGAACUUUUGUACUUUUUGAUUACCUUAACACAGUCUUGCCCCCAACGCAUAAAAUAAAUAUUUUAUCACCAGACCUAGAAAUCUCAGAAACCUGUUCUUGAUCUGCCACUGGACUUAUUCGACCAUGUCUGCCUUCAGUGCUGUGAAAUCUUGGGAUGAAUUUGAAAGAAAAUACGUGUUGGCUAGAUGUUCAUGUUGAAAUGCCACAUCUUUUCCCAAGUAAAUAUUCAAAAAUGGACAUGGGAAGCCUUGGAAAAAUCAAUAGGAAACCAUGAUCAUUCCAAACGCUGUACUUCCAUUUUCCAUGAAAUAUCUGGGAUUUUUAAAAAAUCUUCAUUAUAGGAACAGAACUGUGAGAAAUAAUUUGAAGUUUAUCUCUUCACUCCUUUCUUAUCUCCACUCUUCUAUUACAAGAGAAAAUAUCAUUCAAUAGACUGAAUUUAUAUGAAAUAUAACUAUGAGGAAUUAAGUCAACCACUUUUUCUUUGCAUCUGGUAAGUGGAGGAAAACAUAAGCUACUACGGACUGAUUCAGAUAAGUGGCUCAUGGAGUAGUGUGGCUGCUGGAGGAUCUAAAGAGCUAUGUUGUGAAGCCUUUGUUAGCUCAGUUGGCCCAGGAGGGCAAAGGAGGAUUAAUUCAUGCAAAGAUUUCCCGGCCUGGUCCUAGAAAAAGUUGGAAAAUUGCAUCUUUUUGAGCUUUUAAUUGUACAUGGAAUAUUGUCAUUUAUCCACACUUGUAAGCACCAGCUUUGGAAAAAUAUGUGGAGAUGCCACCAAAGGACCAAUAAUAUGAGAAUAUUACACUCCACUUUUACAUGUGAAAGCUUUUCAGAGUACUGUUAGUUAUUUAUAUUGUGCCUUCUAGUACAUUAUGCUUCAUAAUGGUUAUGGCAAGUCUCUAAACUUGGAAACAAUAGAAGGUGGAAAAGGAGGCAUGUCUAAGCACAGCAGUAGCUAGAAAAGCAUGAUUAAAUGGGACUUUUUUUACCGCUCCAA